AUGACUGUUCGAACAUCAGAUCUUCAAAUAUGUAAAGAAAUAUCCAGAGAUGAUUUAUUUGUAUCAAAAACAAGAAAUUUAUUAUUAGCUCGUUAUCAAUCAAAAGUUUCAUCUAGUCCAUCAACAACAUCAAUCAAUGCUUCUUAUAUGUUGUCAUGUGUUUUGUCAUCACAAUCAUCACGUAUAUUAUCAUCAUCAGUGCAUUCAAAUAGUCUUUAUAAAGAUUAUGUUGGAAUUGUUAAAGAUGCAACUGAAGCUACAUAUAAAAUUGAAUUUCAUGCUAAAUGUCAAGCAAUUAUUGUUGAUAGAAACCGUGAAACGUCUCAUUAUAUUACAAUUCCACUUCAUGGUUCACAAACUCCAUCUUAUGCUGCAUUUGGUUCGCGUACAUCAAUGAUUGGUAAUCAAAAUCCAAUGCAUGAUGCGUCAAUGACUCAACUUACUCAUGGUGUUGCAUCAACUUGGGAUCCAACAUCAACUCGUUAUUUAACAAAUACAUUGUCAAGUGAUCUUGGAAAUUCAAAUUCAACAAAUUCAUCAUUAGUAAUAACGUCAGACUCUGGUUUAUUAUUUCGUUUUACAAAUGGACAAAAAAUAAAUUCGAACACAGACAAUGCCUGA